AAAGACAGUUGAUUUUUCUAAAGCAAUUAAAAAACAAUUGCGCCUAAUAAAAGUUAAAACAUGGCAGCGAUUCAAGGCACCUUUCUUUUAGCCAUCAUUGCGGUGGUAGCCGCAACAGUUCUUCUGCAAGUCCAGGCCCAAAAUUUGGUACAGGGCUGCAAGUAUGAAAACGAAUUGUGGCCAUCAGAUGAUGGCACGAAAUUUUAUCUCUGUGUUGGUGAUGACUUGGCUUUGGAACAAUCUUGCGAACCCAAUACAUUCUUUGUGAAAAAUUCCACAGUUGCUGGUUGUGUGCCUCUCUCCGAAGUCGACGGUAAUUGUAUUUAUCACGUUGGACCUCCUACCUGUACUGGCAUAAGUUUGAGCCAACCACAGCCGCAUGAGCUCCCUACCAACUUUUAUCUGUGUCCCGUUAGUGGUGGUGAGCCCUUGGUCAUGACAUGUCCCGAUCAGAAAGCCUUUGUCAACCAGGAUGGCUAUUUGGGAUGUUUCACUUGGCCCUCUUGGCGAGAAAUACGUGGUUGCACCAACGACGAAUAAGUCCCAAUAUUUUUGUAUGGGCGUUUCGGUUUAAAAGAUCGAUACGAAUUUUAGCCUAAAAAGGCUUCUCAAUUAGUUUGUGAAUUUAUAUUUUAAUAAACCCCCACCCAUUGCAACCCCAAGCAAACAAAAUCAGUUUAAACAGUGAAUUGUGUAG